UCACUGCCGUGUUGUUGCCCCUCCCCCUAAUGAUGUCACAGCUCUGUCAGUAUAAAUCAGCAGCAGACGGCAGCUCUCUGCCAAACAGACGUCAUGUGGAGUAGAGGAUUCCUGCAGCAGACGCUUAGAAGCAUGUCGACCAGCCGACAGGCGGGUGUCCUCUUCGAUGUGGACGGCGUACUGCUACGUGGUGGCGCAGUGAUCCCGGCCGCUCGACGAGCUUUUCGGAAGCUUCUGGACCAAAACAACAACUUCCUAUUUCCUGUCGUCUUUGUCACCAAUGCAGGAAGCUGUCAGAGACAUCACAAGGCCCAACAGCUGUCUCAUCUGCUGGAAGUCCAGAUCGCCCCAGAACAGGUGGUUCUUUCCCACAGUCCUUUGCAGAUGUUGAAGGGUUUUCAUGAUAAAUGUGUCCUGGUGUCGGGACAAGGACCAGUGACGGACAUCGCCAACACUUUGGGUUUCCAGAAUGUGGUGACCAUCGAGCAGCUCAGAGAUCAUCACCAUCUGCUCGACAUGGUGGACCACAACAGGAGACCCAAACUACCUUCGACUCAUCUGCAGACUCUUCCCAAAAUAGAAGCAAUCAUACUGUUCGGGGAGCCGGUCAGGUGGGAGACCAACCUGCAGCUGUUGAUUGACGUGCUCUUGACUAAUGGGAGUCCUGGCUAUGAGUAUGAUGCCCACCUGUCCACUCAACUGCCAGUUCUCGCCUGUAAUAUGGACCUGAUGUGGAUGGCAGAGGCCCCGUCUCCACGGUUUGGUCACGGGAUGUUCCUACUGUGUCUAGAGUCCGUCUACAGGAAGCUGACGGGUCGGGAGCUGCAGUACCAAGCACUGCUAGGAAAACCCAGUCUGCUCACAUAUCAGUACGCCGAGCAUCUGCUGAGGCUGCAGAACAACAACCACCGGAUAACCACCAUCUACGCCAUCGGUGACAACCUGAUGACAGACAUCUACGGUGCUAACCUGUAUAACCGUUACCUGGCUCAGCAGCACGCUGCCAUGGCAACCAGCACCAAGUUUGUUGCCCAGGGAACAGUGAGUCAGGUGACGAUGGCAGUGCCAGAGGAGGAGCUGGUGUCCACUGCUGCUCAGUGUCACUCCCUACUGGUGUGCACAGGUGUCUACAACCCUCGCUUCCCGUUGCCUACCACCAUCACAGAGACAGUGUUCGACGGUCACAGAGACCUUGUCCUGGAGCCGGACCUGGUGCAGCCCAGUCACGUGGUGGCGGACGUAGAGGCUGCAGUUGACCUGCUGCUGCAGGAGGAGGGCUAUGUUAUACCUGAGCACUGACACGUCAGCAGUACAGUACUGUUGACAGUCCCAUCAGGUUGAGUCUGUUCAUCAGGAUACUUCAAGAGCUGACUGUUUGUUUAAAGUGACUUUAUUAAGUGCUGAUAUUUUUCAGAUGAGACAGUUUAACUUUACAACAGGUCUGGUACCCCUCAGACCUGGUCCCAGCUGGAUCUGGUCCGUAAAACACCUGAACAUGUAGCCGAGUCUAAAUGUUGAAGUGGACGUGCUGCAGAUGGUUUCAACAAGUUUAACACUUUAACUACUGUAACCACUGAUGACUGAUGCUGUGAGAAUGUGACUUACGUCACGUCUCACGUGUGUAAUGUCAUUUCAUCAGUGGACUGUAAACAUGUCACUACUUUUUAUUUGACUAACAUGAUAAUAAGCACGUCUACUUUAAAAGAGUUUCACAUGAAUUUAUGAUCAAACUGAUCAACCAAAGUUUUUUUAAGAUAAGUUUUUGAGGGGAUAUUUUCGCAUUUUAAUGACAGAAACCUGAACUUGAAUUAAAUCAUGACCAUAUUUUUAUCUGUUACCUUGGUAUCACUGUUGUACUUCAUCAUACAGCAUCGUCCAGUUAAUUGAAAAGAAAACACAUGGUGAAAAAAUAAACCACAGAAAGAAGAGAUGAGUUUAUUCUGUCGGAAAUAUGAAAUAAAAUGAACAUGAAAAAUUAAA